AUGAUUGAAGAUAAUCGUGACUCUGUUAAUUCUGCAGAUUUUUUUUAAUGUAAUCUAAAUUAGCUCUAAUAAGAAAGUUUCUCCUAAAUAGUUUGACGAAUUCAGACCCCACUUGAUAAAAGUUGAUCUUUCACUUGCUCCUUUAAAAGAAAAUACUGAGUCAGUUCGAUCGCUUAAUUUUCCUUCUUCAGAAAUCCAAUAAUAACAGGUUGUACCUUCAAGAACAAGUAUACACAUAUAAAAAGUAAAAUUAAUUAAUUAUUCAGCUCAAUAGAAAUAGUCAAAGAGCGCUGUUAAUUAAAAAAGAAAAAGAUGUAUCAGAAUAUUAAAAAUCACAAAAAAAUGUUUAGAUAUAUAAAAUGUUUUAAACAGAGUAAUUGGUUAGAAAAUUUAUAAGCAAAUUAAAAAGACAAGCUUAUAUCCUACCUACUAUUAUUUCAAAUUAAAUGUAAGUUUUUUUAGAGGAAAAUUAUAUUUAAGAUAAUAUUUCUUCAAAUAAAUCUCGGUCAUCAAAUACAUCUCCUUAAAAAAUUUUUUUUCCUAUUAUAAAUCCAACUGCAAUUGUUAUGUUUGUCUGGAAUAUUUUAAGAGCACUUUAAUUAAUGUUUUUGACUUGGUGGCUACCCUUUAGAGUGGCAUUUCAACCCAAUUAUUAAUUUGGUCAUAUAGAAUUAUCCUUAAUUUUUAUAUUUAUUUUGGACAUAAUUUUGAAAUUGAAUUAAGGAUUUAUAAAGGAAGGAGAUUUCAUCAUGAAUAGAACUGAAAUUGUUAAACAUUAUGUCUAAACAGAAUUACUUGAAGAUACAUUGUAUUUUAUAACUCAAUUAAUAGUAAUUGAUAGAAUUGACAUCAAAAUUAAUAUUUUUUUUGAAAUUUUGGUUUUAAUUUAGUUUGCUAUGAAUUACAAAAAAUUAAAGAAGAAAAUAAGAAAAUUUGAAGAAAUAUUUGCAACAAAAGCUGGUUAUAUAUAAUUAACAAACUUAUUAUAACUAAUUAUCACCGUAUUCUAUUUUGCUCACCUAAUGUCUUGCAUAUGGUAUUAUGUUGGAAUGAAAAGUUUAAAUUCAUAUGAAUUAUCUUGGACAACUAAAUUAUAACUAAAUUCUUAAGAUACUCUCUCAUAUUAUCUAUAUUCAUUCUAUUGGGCAACAACAACAAUGGUAACUGUCGGUUAUGGAGACAUUUCAGCAUAAAAUAAUUAUGAAGUAUUGUGUGCUACUAUUUUAAUGAUUUUCUCUACAGGAAUGUUUGCAUUUGCUAUUAAUAAAAUAGGUGAUAUAUUUACAAACAUGGAUACUGAAUAAUAAAAUUAUCAACGUACUUUAUUAUUGAUUAAUAAUUAUAUGAAAAAAAAUUAAGUGGAUUAAUAAGUUUAAAGUAGAAUUAGAAAUUACCUAAAAUAUUAAGCAAAAAUAAAAUAAUAAAAUUCAACUGAUGAAAUAGAUUAAAUUUUAUAUUAGCUUCCUUCUAAUAUAGUUGCUGAUCUUUAAAAAAAUAUUUAAACAAAAAUAAUGUCUGAAAUUUCCUUUUAUAAAUCUAAUUUUUCUAAAAAUGUUAUUCCAACAAUUUCGUAAACACUAUAAAUAUAAUCUUAUACACCUAAGGAAAUCAUCUAUUAGUAAGGUUAAUUGGAUGAUUGUAGUUUGUAUACAGUUUGGAAAGGAGAAGUAAUGAUAGUAGAGAAUUAAACUGGAAAACUUUUGGCUACUUUAGUCAAAGGAUAAAGCUUUGGAGAAUUUGAAUUUUUAACUUAAUCUUAUAGAUAAUUUACUGCAAUAAGCAAAGAUUUAACUCAAGUUUUAAAGAUGCCUAGAUAAACAUUUUUGAAAAUCAUCAAACAUUCUAAAUGUGAUGCAGAACAUUUUCAUAAACUUAAAGAUUAGUUAAUGUUCUAUAAUUUAAAUUAUAUAUCUACAUGCUAUUGCUGUUCGGAAAAUCAUAGUAUAAUUAAUUGCCCUUAUUAUUUCUACUAACCAAAUUUAGAUAUCUUGAGACAAAGAGAAAAUUCUUAAGAAGUUGUAUAAAUAAGAUAAAAAUAUGAAAGAGUUGGAAACAAAAAAGGAUUUUUUUAACUUCAAACUUUGAAAUCAAAUACUGAUGAUAAAGAAGAUGAAGGAUCAAGAUUUUAUUCAAUAAAAAAUGAAACAGCACCAGCAAUAAGUCCUUCAAAACCAAGAACAAAAACUAUAUCUCCAAUUCAUUUUAAAAAUUUUGGAUAGAUUUAUCAUAAAGAAGAAGAAAAACCAACAGAAAGUCCCUCUUUUGCUUAAUAAAGUUAAACUGAAAUAUUAAUAGAAUAAAAUUAAAAUAAACAAAGCAUACAUUAAUUAUUAGAACUUCCUUCAAUUAAAAAUAGAUAGUCUUUGUCAAACAAUUAAAUAAUAAUAUCGUAAUCUUUUAGUUAGCUUGAAUUAUUGUAAUAAGAGUUUUUAAGAGUUUUUAUGCUAGAUAUAGAUAAAAUGGGUAAAUUUUAAGGAUAUUUUGCUCAAAAUAAUUUAGAAGUUGUCCUAUUAUCUUAUAGAAAAUACAUGAGAAGCAAAAAAGUAAUGAUUACUGAAACAUUAGGAGAAUUUACAAGAAGGAAAUUAUAAACAGAAAAUAAUUAAUUAUUUUGA